AUGAUUCAAGUACGGCCAGAUCAAUUUAUCUCCCCCCUCGCAUACCUGGAGGUUGGCCCCAACGGGAAGAAAUUCGCUGCGCCCAGCGGGAUAAUCCAAAGCCUCCGGUGUCGUUACAAAAGUUCGCCCGAAAUAAUAUAUGUGGUUGACGACGAUGUUGAGGAUAUCUUUGGCCAUAUUCUUCAGUACCUUCACAGUGGGGACUACUCUGUCCUUAUUCCAGCAGCCGAUAAAUCGAGUCAUGCUUCAUGCGAAGAUGAAAUCGAUAUUGCAACGCAGGAUCUGCUUCCCUUGAAAGAAAAUUAUUUUGCGAGUCAUGAAGAUAUCCAGGUGAAGACCGACAAUUCGAUAUCUUUGCCACAUUGUGGGGAUGGAAACCACCUGUGCAAACAUCCCAAGACACUGCUGGUGCAUGCUCGUUUGUAUGACUUCGCUACUAGACAUGGAUUGGACCAACUUGGAAAUGUGAGUUUCAACAAGCUUUACUGGACUCUCUCGGAAUAUCCGUUAGAUUCAGAACAAGCGGACGCAAUCGUCGAGCUUUUACGGGUUGCCAAUGGAAUAGGCACCAUCUAUGCGCUAAUGAUUCACUAUGUAUCGUUCCACCUAAAGACUUUCAUACGUUGUUCCAGUUUUCUCUCGUUCUUGGAAGAAAACCAUCAUGUCAGCUUCCACUUGUUCAAUCUCUUAUGUGAUUCCCUGUGA